CCCAAAGUGGUGUCUCUUUCCCGACUUAUCUUUAAUCUUUACAAAUUGAUUUUCUUCAUGGCCAGUGAUGGAAUCGUCCAGUAAUCCGCUACAGUUAUGAUAAAACGAAACUGAAAUUUUGUGUCUUUUUGAGAUUUAGAAAGUAGGUGGAGUGUCUGAAUAUAAGAACAAGCAAUCAUUAACCAUACAGGAAGUAAAGAAAGAAAAAUUCAAAACGAUGCCUUCUGAUGAUUCGACGUCAAAUUCAGGCACUAAUGAUCGCUUACAAGAAAGUACCACUUCAGGUGGUCUUCAGUAUUCAUUGAUUGGUGGCCACAAUAUUUGGGAAUGGCUCUUUCUUGUGAUUGGAACUUGGAAUGUUGCUAUUCUUCAGGCUUCAUCUGGUGUGGCUCUUGCACAGUGUGAACUACAUCAUACGCUCUUGUCUGCAGAAUUCUCUACAGAAGUCAUUGUUAUUCUGGUUUCUGUGAUUGCUCUUGGAUUUGCUGUGUAUGGAGUUCAUGAGGAGCACCAAUAUGAUAUGUUUCUCCACAUUGUUUUUGCCACCAUUGCUGAUUUUUUUAGUUACUUUGCUGCUGAGAAAAAAUGUCACUCUUGUUUAAAACUUGUUUCAUUUUAUGUUGCAGUUUUAUUGACUGUUACAAAUAGUUUUGUUGCUUAUAAAGCUACUCAUGCUUCAGACUGGACAGAAUUUAAAAUAAUUGGUGCUUCUGAAUCUCUUGCUGCUAUGUAUAGAAAACAAUGCUGUUUCCUUUCUCUUUUGAAGUUUGAUGCUUUAUUUGUGGUGAUCUGUGCUAUAUACAGUUUUCCUAUAUCAUUAGAUUUUCCUAACAUAAGGAACCUUUAUUUGCUCAUUAGUUUAAUCUUCAUGUAUUCAUUCAUGAGCUGGUGCUGUGGAAAAGUAACGGUUUGCAAGGAAGAUAAAUAUUUAGCAUCUGGAUUCAUUGUGUUGUGUAUCACUUAUCCUUGCUUAUUGAUCUACCAGGUUUACAUGUCAAAAACUCGUAAGAUGUCUGAUGAAAAUCAAGUUUUCUAUCUACAAGCUCAAUUUAUAUGUGCAGUUAUCAUUGUACUCUGCAAAUUUCUUUUGACAGUGUUGAUGAUACAAACCUGUCGAACAUUCGGUUAUGGAUUAAACACCUCAUCCAUGGAAACUUUAAAGAUAUGGCUCGACAGACCCUCCAAGAAGAAGCCUGAGAGCGAUAAGCCGUCGUGUUUCGGAUUUUUGAAGCAAUGCUUUCGUCUGAAAUGCACAAACAAAACUAAAGAGAUGGAAUACACGUAUAAAGACAUCUACAGAUUUUAGUUCAUUUUGAGUCAAGGAGUAUGCCACAGUUUGUUGUCAUUUGAAUUCUAAAGAAAUUGUCGUAGAACGUUUUAUGUUUUAAGGAAUUUGAUCUGUUGUUAUCUCUUCCUACUCAAAUGGUGUCAAUUCCCACCCCCCUUCAAAAUGAUUGCAGCUUUUGUUUUUGUAUAGUUGAUUUAAAGUUUUCAUUCAAAUUCUGUGAGAAAUUGUUAUGCAUGAGUAUUGGAAAAGAAACUAUGUUGAAUCAUUCUAUUCAAUCUGUGAAGAAACAGGGAAAAUAGAUUGAGUUUAAAAAUCACCUGAAAUAACAGGAAAAAUCCAAAGAAUUUUUAUUUUUUGCUUAUAAACUGGAAAUUCUUAUUUUCCUCUUUUAAAAAAGUGGUGACCACUCAAAGCGUAAUCUAUGAGAUAUUUAAGAAUGAUAUUUCAGCUAAACUAAACUAUUUCAUUUACUAUAGCAUUAUUUAAGUAUGUCCCCUUUUUUUUCUAUCUAAGCAUAUUUUUUUCUAUCUCAAUUAAAAUUAGUCUAGUUAGCUUUAUAUAGCUGUAAAUACACAAGUGGGCAACCUUUGUGCUAAAAUACAAACUGAGGUAAACAACGUUAAAGAGCACAAAAAUAUUAUUAA